UAUUUAUCAACUCAAAUAAUAAAAUCUAUUGUAAAUUUAACUCCGAGUGUAGUCUCAGCCAAAAGCCCUAAAAUCUCAUUAUGUUUCCCCUUCAUUUGAUUUCGGUUGAACAUAGAAAAAUUUAUUCUUCCAAUUCAUCAUAUCACCAUUAAGCUUUUUUUUUUUUUUUUUUUUUUUUUUUUGUUACAGUAAAUGAGCAUGACAACAAAAAAUAUUGGCCCAGCAAAUAAAAUGGCUAAAAUGACAUCAUCAUCAUCAUCAAUGGUGGUUGGUGAUGAAGUUGACAUGAUUUCAAAUCUUCCCGAUGCAUUGAUAAUUCAAAUUCUGUCGUUUCUCCCAACUGAAGAUGUGUUUCGAACAUGCAUUCUUUCGAAACGUUGGAAACUCAUCUGGUAUUCAGUCCCCACACUCUUUUUCUCCUCUGAUGAUACAAUUUAUGAUGUUGAGAAAUUCUAUAGUUUUGUGGAGAAUUAUUUUGAACACAGGGAGAAAGGUAUUGAUAGUAAUAUUGUUGAUUUAGGUAUAACUAGUUUUGAGCUUUACAUAUACAAUUAUUAUUGUAGAAGUAAGGGUGGGAUUCUAGAUAAAUUGUUAAGUUUUGCAGUUAAGAAUAAGGUUAAGGAAAUGUAUGUAUUUAUAGGCAAAGAGAUUGUUGAAGAAGGUGGUGACUACUCAGAUCACUACUACUGCUUGCCUAAGAUACUAGACAAUGCAAGAUUUUUGACUAUUUUGGAGUUGUAUGGAGUAAAGUUGGAUACUAGUUCUUGUUCAUUUAGUUUUCCAUCUUUAAAAACUUUAUCAUUGGAACAAGUUUAUCAUUUAGAGGAUGCAAAAGAGGAUGGGGUAGUUAAAUUUUUGUUGGGUUGUCCUUCUCUUGAGAAAUUGGGGUUAUAUGAUUAUUGUUUCUAUGGAAUGAAUGUUCAGUUACAAAGUUUAAGCCUUAAGUUCAUGGAGCUUAUGUUUGUUGACAUUGAUGAUAUAGAAGUACAAAUUGAAGUUGAAGCUAUAAAUCUUGAAUCUUUGGUAGUUGAUGGUAUUCCCUUGAACCGUAUAAAUUUCUCUUCUUGCAAGAAAAUCAGAGAUUUAUCAUUGCCUAGUUCUAGAGAUAAUAGUCCACUGUCAUCAUUUGAAGCUCUCAUUUCAAAUAUUCCUCUAGUUGAGAAUUUGGCUUUGAGUUGUAAUUCAUCAAAGUCAGAGCACCUUAAAAUCUCGAGUCAACAUUUGAAAUGUUUCGAUUUUGAGAAUCGUUGUUACUCGUAUAAUGGUGGUGAGAUGAAGGUUGUUACAAUUGAAUCUGCUCCAAAAUUAGCAUAUAUUAGUUAUCAAGGAAAUCUUAAUUUUAAGGUAUCAAUGGAGUCAUCUAGUUUGGUAAAUGGAAAAAUUAUAAUUCUUGAUGCACGGAUAGACUAUGACACAAAAUGGUUUAUCGAUUUGCUGAAUUUUUUUGUUAAUCUCAGUUACUCUUGGAAUACUGUGACAUUGAAAGUCUGCAAUUAUGAGUCCCUCAUCUGGCCAGAAAACUUGCCAAAAAAUUUGAAGAACUUGUUUCGUUAUCCCUUGGUUAGUUGGAAGCAUCUUGAAGUUUUUACUAAUUAUGAUCCCGAGAAAGAGUCAGACUUGAAAGAAGCCUUAAUGUGGAUUUCUCCCUCUUUAGAAACAUUAUCUAUUAACGAAAAGGUCAUAUUUUAGUUGCUUUACAAUAUUAUAACCCCUGAUUAUUGGGAUGACUGCAUUUUAUUAGCUUUCUUUGCUAAUUGUACUCUUUGAUCCUUUUUUUUAGAUUCCAUUUACUUUAUUAGUAGCUUUGUAAUAAAGAAUUUACUACUUUUAGUAUAUAUGUUCUUGUGAACUACUCAAUA